ACAUGGACCGAAGUGGAUGAUGCCAUUCACAAAGCCUUUCUCCAAGGCUCGGUGGAUGUGGCGAAGCCACUGGCUCAGCUGGUGCAGGAGCUGAGCGAGGUCACUGGGCCUGGCACGGGCACGGAGGACGGCUUGCCAGCGAGCCCGUCUCAAGGCCUAGCGAGGUUGGAAUGCUUGACGCCUAGACCUUUCUACCUUCCGGAGCAGGUGGACCUCCGAGAUGUGAAGGUCAGCGGUGCCCCACAGGAACUUCCUCAGGAGUUCUUCUCGGAGGCUGCGUUUGGAGGUGAAUUCUUCGAAGAGGAAGCGGCGGCUGUGGUGGCGAAAGGGGCUGACACACCAGAACAACUAGCCAAGGAAGCAGCUGCAGCAGAGCAAGGUGCUGGGACGCAAGAAGAACUUGCUAAGGAAGCAGCUACAGUGGAGGAAGGUGCUGAGACACAAGAACAAGUUGCGAAGGCAGUCGCACUUCCUUCAGGGAAGGUGCUGAGACGCAAGAAGAAGUUGGCAAGGCAGUCACGAUUGAUUCAGGGUGAGGGUGAAGAUGUAUUGCUACAACGGGCAAUUUUCAACAAGUCGAAGAUCUCUUUGCAGGAAGUAGCUCCAGUGCAAGAAGCUGCUGAGACACAAGAAGAAAUUGCCAAGGCAUCCAGGGUUCAGAGGCAGGCCAAGCCCAGCCGUCGCCGGAACCGCAACCGCCGCAACAAGAAGAGCGGUGCCAGUGCCAGUGGCGGAUACGGAGAGGCUGGGUGA